AACAUCAAUGAAUUUUGUUUCAGAAUGAGCUCCGACGAACAAAAGCCCGAAGUUAAUGGAUAUUGGACGUCCGUGAAAAAUUUCUCUUCGUCUGCCGCUACAUCAAUUAAUAAUGCCACCACAUCUGCAUGGAACUCGGAGUUUGCCGCAUCGACGUCAGCGACCGUGAAGGAUUUUUCGACGUCUGCCACGAAAUCGAUCGGAGAAGCGGCAACUUCCGCUUGGAAUUCGGAAACUGCAUCAACGGCAACAUCGGCUAUUUCUGAAGCUGCGAAAAAUGCAAGAAGCUGGUAUGAUAGCUCAUCGGAAGAAAACGAAGAGCUGGAACCUUCUGGACACGGCUUCAGAGGAGGAAUCGCUGCACUGAGUAGAAAUGCGAGUCACUACGUGAUCAGUACAGUCGGACGGUCAUCAAAUAUUCUAAACAUCUUCGACAAAACGAACAAAUCGAGCCUUGGAAAUCCGAGAUGGUGGAUCCGAUUCGACCGACCUCAUGGAAAUGUUGAUUUCCAUCACAUUAACAUCAACAAAGCAGUGACUGGACUGAAGGAUCCUCAUAUUCCACUCACACCGACUACUGCCAAAACUAUUGGAGUGCUUGGAAAAGUUGCAGAAAAAGCAAAUGAUGUCGCGCCACUGCUCACGACAGCGGCAAUGAUCUACGAAGCCUACCGAGUUGGACAAGAAGUCCACAAGGAUAUGAAUCAUGGGACGACAAGAAAUACAAUCAAAACAUUGGCUGCGACGAGUGGAACUUAUUCCAGUGGAUCCAUUGGAGCUUAUGCUGGAAGUGUGAUUGGAACAUCAAUUUUUCCCGGAUUAGGAACGAUUUUCGGGGCUGUCGUCGGAGGAAUUGUUGGUGGACAUUUUGGUGGUCACUACAGUCACGUGGCAACAGAAAAUGCGUUGAAUCAUGUUAAAUGGGACGUUGUAACGUUCGUUUGUGAUGGAUGUGAUGAAGAAUACACAUGGAAAAAGUAUCAAGAGAUUGAAGGAACCUGUUGUACAAGAUUCAACAACAAGAGGCAGGAUUCCGUGGAUUAUUGGUUCAAAAAGCUCGAAACAAAUCAUGAUUUUUAAUUCCGAUAUUCGAUUUUCACUCUUAUUCUUAUUAUCUUCACAUUUUCACUUUGGCACCCAUAAGCUAAUAAAUUGUUUGAAAUUUAGUUUAAAU